AUGGCCGCAACGAGCAACGUGAUCGGAUUAAUCCUUCCCGGUCAGCCGGUGCAAGUGAACGGGCAGAUUAUGAGCGACAACGAGAUCAUGUUCCAGCUCCCAGUGCCGCACUCCCAGCUGCAGCACUUGGUUCUCUUCCUCACCGGUGCGCAAGCGUUGCCGGAGAACCACGGCGCGUCUGUCUACCUCAUGUUGUCCGACAACGGCUUCAAGUUCCUCGGGCAUCUGGCCAAUGACAAACCCUCCGCGAUCUUCCGCGUCUCAUCAUCCGCCAGUACUUCUAAGAGCAGUGCGUCGAACUCGCCGCCCGCACAGCCAGCCAUGUUGUCUGCAGAAACGGCGAUCGUCGCGGUCACACCGGAACCGCAGUUUACGAGGAUAGGAGUGCUCGUCGAGCCGCUGUCCGCAAUACAGCAGAAAAUCGUGCCCAAGGAACAGCAGGUGCAGCAGCAACAGACGGACUACCUCACAUUUGUGAAGGCGCUUGCGCAGAACUGCUACGAUCACAUGAGCGGUUGGAUCCUCACCGAGGAACAGUGGCGAACGCGGGGGCAGGCGUUGGUGCAAGAGAAACUCGUCCCCAUUGGGGCAUUGGAGCAGUGGUUCGACUCCUUUCGAAGAAAAUUAACGCAAAACCCAAACUUCUGGAAAAAAUCCAUCGAUUCAUGACGGGGCGGAAUAAACAUAUUAAACGUCUUGAAGAUGUUUCUAUUUGGCUCUACUAGCGCAAGAAAAAUUAUGUACGAACGACUACGACCACAGCAUUGAUUGAUGUUCCCUUAGCAGUGUUACAGAAACCGCAGUUGUAAGAAAGAACAAAGGGAGGUCAUGGCAUGCACCAUUUCACAUGAGAAAGAGAAUCUUAACCCGCGGCGCGGGGCGAAUACGCGCCGAUUAUAGUUUGUUGGUCAUAAGCCUCAACGGCGUAUGAAACGAAUUCAUCGCGGUGAU